UUAUAUUUUUGUCCAAAGCUUUAAUAAAUGUGCGUUUUUUUAGUUAUAUAAAUCCCUUAUCGGGUCGACUUAAGAAAUCUUAGAACAUUUGAUAUAAAAAAUGUGGUGCAAAAAACUGUUAGCUAGUUCAGAAAGAACUUCUUAUCAUCAUCAGAUCUUUGUGAAAUUGUAUCAUUUUAACACAAAGUUUUCUAUUCCUUUUCGAUGUUUUAAAGCAGAUAGUAAUUAUUUAUUUGGUAUUAAAAAAGUUAAAAAUUCAAGAAUGACAGAGGCUGAUAAAGGAAGAGAAAUAUAUAAAAGGUUAAUGGAUAUUAAAAGAAAUAAUGCCAAUUCAUUAAUUAAAAUUUCAACAAAAAAUGUGAAUCAAAGCAGUAAGAAAUUAAAGGUAGUAUCAACAGAAAAAACAUUAUAUGGAGAUGCUGUUAGUAAAUAUUGCCGUAAUUGUUCUAAUAAUUUAAACAAAUUCUCAAAUAAAAAGAUAUCACGAAGCAAUUCUUAUCCUGAUUUUCCUAGCAAGAAAUUAAAAGCAUUGGGAGUUAAUUUUUCAGUGACAUUUAAGAAUUCAUUAUUUAAAUCAAUUUGUGCAAGUAAAGUGCAGUAUCAGACUAGUUUUGCUUCUUUCGCUACUUAUAAUGCUGAUGCUUUAAAGUCUAAUAACAAAUCCAUCAACGUACCUGAAAAUGUGGAAUUGUCUGAAGAAAAUUUACAAAAUUCAAAUAAACCUGGAAAUGUCCAAAAUUCAAAUAACCUCGAAGUGCCAGAAGUUAAUAAGGCAGUAUUUUUAAAAGUACCCAAAAAUGUAUUACAUAAUUAUUAUACUAUUAUUUCAAAUGAAUUUGGUGAUAAGUCCUUAACAGUAGCUCCUCAAUAUAAGAAGGUAAAGGGUUUAAAAAAAGGAAAUAGCUUAUGGAGCUGCAGUUAUAAUAUCAAAUGGCCUAUCUCAAUGAGUUUUUCACACGUAGCUGCAACAAAACAAGAAGCUUCAACAAAAGCUGCACUUGCAGUGCUUAUGUGGUUGAUAUCUAAUAAAAAGAUUGAUAACCGUGGAUUUCCUGUGACAUAUGACGAAGAGAAGAUAAAGUCAACAACUAAAAAUAUACCUUUAUUAACGCUGGACAAGCAUAUAGAAUAUAAAUUUGAAGAAAUGAAAAAUAUAUUUGAACAAAAACUGAAAGCUUAUGUUGGAGAUAAUGAGAUAAAUAAUUAUUCUUAUAGCGAUUUUGUAAACGUAAAUAAGGAAUGGCCUGAAUAUAGACAAGCAACAUUAUCAGCAUACAGUGAUUUGAAUUCUUUUAUUAUCAGAGAUCGUGUAAAAUUGCCAAUAUCUGAAUUUCGACAAGAGAUUCUAGAAAAAUUAAGGAAUAAUCGAGCCAUAAUACUUAAAGGUGAGCCAGGCUGUGGAAAAAGUACCAGAGUGCCUCAGUAUAUUCUAGAGCAAUGGGCUUCCAACGGAAUUCAUUCAGAGCCUUGCAGGGUUAUAGUAACUCAACCAAGAAGAAUUGCUGCAGUUUCAUUGGCAGAUAGAGUAGCAACAGAGAGAAACGAACCGGUGGGGAGAGUUAUCGGAUAUCAAGUACGUUUCGAUUCCAAAUUUAGCUACAGCACCGGUCGUGUGAUGUAUUGUACAUCAGGAAUUCUUUUGAGGCAUUUACAGUCUGAUUCAAAAUUGUCAGAUUGUACUCAUGUAAUUUUGGAUGAAGCUCAUGAGAGAGACGUGAAUGUUGAUUUGUUAAUGAAUUUAUUGAAGAAAGCAUUAACUCUAAAUGAUAAUUUAAAAGUUAUAAUAAUGAGCGCAACCAUUGACACAAAGCUUUUUCAAAAUUAUUUUGAUAACGCUCCCGUUUUAAAAAUACCAGGUUUCACGUAUCCUGUUAAAGAAUACUUUAUAGAGGAAAACUCCCCACAUUUUUCAAAGACUUUGAAAUCUUGUACUAGUGACAGCCCUUCGGUAGUUUGCGAAGAAGUUGCGGAACUUAUAGAAAGAAUUAACGAAAAGAAACCUGAAGGCGCAAUUUUAUGUUUUCUGCCUGGAUGGGAAGAAAUCAGUAAAAUCAGAAAACUUCUGCAGAAUAACACUAGUAUGAGCGUUAUUUGUUUGCACUCAAGAAUAAACAUUUCAGACCAAAAGAAAGUGUUUUCGCAUCCUCCUCCUGGAAUCAGAAAAGUUAUUUUAAGUACAAACAUCGCAGAAACUUCAGUUACUGUUAACGACGUAGUUUAUGUGAUAGAUACCGGAAUUCACAAAGAGCAGUUUUAUGAUUCAAAUAAAGGGAUGUACUGUUUGGGAAACCAUUGGAUUUCGCAAUCAAGUAUGAGGCAACGCAAGGGAAGAGCUGGCCGAGUACAACCUGGAGAAAGUUACCAUUUAUAUCCUUAUAGUAUUUACGAAAAGUUUCAAAAGUUCUCUGUACCCGAAAUUUUAAGAACAUGCCUAACAAAAAUCGUUCUUGAUAGUAAAGUUGUAAGUAGCAAUAUGAAUGCUGUAGAGUUUCUAAGUAAACUUCCAACACCACCCGAUUUAAAUGCCACGGAAAGAGCCGUAAUGGAAUUAAAAGAGUUAGAAUUAUUAGAUGAAAACGAGAAUUUAACGCCGCUGGGGCGUGUUUUGUCCGAGUUUCAAUUGGAUCCUAAACUGUCCAAAGCAAUGGUUAAUGCUUUAAUUUACAAAUGCGUAACUCCCAUCGUUGAUAUAGUCACAAUAUUUUCUGCAGAAUCAGAAUUAUUUUCAAAGGGAUUAACUGAUAAAAACACCGUAAAAAAGACAAAAGAGAAAUAUUCUCAACAUAGCGAUCAUUUAGCUCUUAUGAGACUUUUUGAAGUAUGGCUUAGUCAUUAUGAAAAGGGUCACUUCAGGACAUCAAAACAAUUUGCAGAAUCUCAUGGUUUGAUGGAUUCAAAGUUUCAGACUAUUGAAAAGCUACGUAAAGUCCAUUUUCAAUACCUUCAGAAAGGUGUUCAUAGGGUGCUUCCUAUUUCUGAUGAUUUCUCUGACAACGAUGGACUCGUCCUUGGUGUACUUUUAUCAGGAGUAGGAACAAUUUUACAGCAUCGCAACUGGGACAUUAUAAAGGGCCGUCUUAAGAAAACAAAAUGUUUUCUCACUGCAGAGAAUUCACAAAAGGCAACUAUAACUUCUGAAAGUGUAAAUUUUAAAAAGUCACAUCUACCUUCCGACUAUUUUCUAUAUUUAAAUGAAACCUUAUCCAAUGUAAGACGUACAGUCCUUAUAAGAGAGACCAGUAUUAUUUCUCCUUUGACGGUUUUGUUAUUUAGAAAUAAACCCCUAUUGAUAGAAGAACUGCCUAAACAAAAUGGGGAAGGAAACAUGGAAUCAGACCAAGUCUUUUUGAAAUUGUCUGAUACUAAAAUUAAAUUUAUAUGUAAAAGAAGCCAAGCGAUGUUGAUAAAAGAUUGCAAAGAGGCCUUACAAUCUAUGAUGAAAUAUUAUAUACAUCAGAUGACAACUGAAGGAAGAAAGAACGAAGAAGUUGAUAGAAGCUGGGAGGAACUUUUGUGCAAUUUUAAUGACAUUCUCAUUAAACAAAAUUAUGAUUAAAUAAAAUUAAUUUGGUUGUGAUAUAAUAAUAAAGUUUAGUUCAAUUUAGUGAUGCCUAAAUAAGUUUUCCAACUGGAAAUGCUGGAAAAAAAGUUUCAAAAUAAUUUAUUAUGAAAGUUAUUGAAUUAAUUUUUAGCAAUAUUAUGUUAAUUAAAAAAGGUGCAAUAUUUUUAAAGGAAAUCUAUUCUGUGAAUUAAAUUUAGUCUUAUAUAAUAUUUUCACACGAUUUAAACUUUCCAGUUGGAUGCCGUCAUGUUUGUAAAAAUAUGUAUAAGGAUUGAGUUUCUUUUAUGAAAAAGAUAUUAAUUUAUUUUAUAAAACUUUCUAACAUUUAAAGU